GCAGGUGAUGGAGAAGGGAUGCGCUCAGCCCGAAGAUGUAGGGGAGAAGAAAGAAAAGGAUAAUAAAUUUGAAUGCAUUGUUAGGGAUGGAAAGAGAGGAGGAGAUGGAGAGUAUCUUAAAUGUAUCUAUUUUAAUGCUUGGAGCAUUGUAAGAAAGGUGGAUGAGCUUAAAGCGUGGAUUGAUACCUGGAAUUAUGAUGUUGUAGCUAUUAGUGAAACAUGGUUGCAGGAAGGGUGUGAUUGGCAACUAAAUAUUCCUGGAUUUAGUUGCUUCAGGUGUGGAGAGUAUCUUAAAUGUAUCUAUUUUAAUGCUAGGAGCAUUGUAAGAAAGGUGGAUGAGCUUAAAGCAUGGAUUGAUACCUGGAAUUAUGAUGUUGUAGCUAUUAGUGAAACAUGGUUGCAGGAAGGGUGUGAUUGGCAACUAAAUAUUCCUGGAUUUAGUUGCUUCAGGUGUGAUAGAGUAGGAGGGGCCAGAGGAGGAGGUGUUGCAUUGCUUGUCCGAGAAAAUCUUAUGGCGGUGCUUUGGAAGGAUAGAUAAGAGAGCUCCUCUAGGGAGGCUAUUUGGAUGGAAUUGAAGAAUGGGAAAGGUGCAGUAACACUGAUAGGAGUGUAUUAUAGGCCACCUAAUGGGGAGCGUGAGUUGGAAGAGCAAAUGUGUAAGGAGAUAGCAGAUAUUUGUAGUAAACACAAGGUGGUGAUUGUGGGAGAUUUUAAUUUUCCACACGUGGACUGGGAAGCUCAUUCUGUAAAAGGGCUGGAUGGUUUAGAGUUUGUGAAAUGUGUGCAGGAUAGUUUUUUGCAACAAUACAUAGAAGUACCGACUAGAGAUGGGGCAGUGUUGGAUCUCCUGUUAGGGAAUGCGAUAGGUCAGCUGACAGAUGUACGUAUUGGGGAGCACUUCGGGUCCAGUGAUCACAAUAGCAUUAGCUUCAAUAUAAUUAUGGAGAAGGACAGGACAGGACCUAGAGUUGAGAUUUUUGAUUGGAGAAAGGCUAACUUUGAGGGGAUGCGAAGGGAUUUAGAGAGAGUGGAUUGGGUCAAGUUGUUUUAUGGGAAGGAUGUAAUAGAGAAAUGGAAGUCAUUUAAGGGUGAAAUUAUGAGGGUACAGAAUCUUUAUGUUCCUGUUAGGUUGAAAGGAAAGGUUAAAGGUUUGAAAGCACCAUGGUUUUCAAGGGAUAUUAGAAAUUUCGUUCGGAAAAAGAGGGAUGUCUACAAUAGAUAUAGGCAGCAUGGAGUAAAGGAAUUGCUUGAGGAAUAUAAAGAAUGUAAAAGGAAUCUUAAGAAAGAGAUUAGAAAAGCUAAAAGAAGAUACAAGGUUGGUUUGGCAAAUAAGGUGAAAGUAAAUCCGAAAGGUUUCUACAGUUAUAUUAAAAGCAAGAGGAUAGUGAGGGAUAAAAUUGGCCCCUUAGAGAAUCAGAGUGGUCAGCUAUGUGUGGAGCCGAGGGAGAUGGGUGAGAUUUUGAACAAUUUCUUCUCUUCGGUAUUCACUAAGGAGAAAGAUAUUGAAUUGUGUAAGGUGUGAGAAACAAGUAAGGGUUAUG